CGCCCAAGAAAUUAAUUAUGGCAUGAACACCACAAAAGAAGAAAAAAAAACAUCUUUCCCUUUUUCUCUCCAACCUUUCCAUGAGAUUUCUCCAUCGCCAUGAAUCACAAGAAUUGACGUUACUAUGGGUGUGUUUUGUUUCAUCAAUUCCCCAAUUAAGGUUCACUUAAUAUGGAUCGAUCUUGCUUUAAUUUCUCCAUGAGUUUCAAACUCAUCCCAAUGCCGAAGAACAAUAACAUGGAGAACCCCAUCGCCCCAAGGUGGUUUCCCAGCAAGUUUUGGUUCGUGUUUUUUGUCAUGUUCCUGUUUUGGUACGUUUUGAUCUACGGCCUCGACUGGUUUUCUUUUCCCAGAACAUCUCUAUUGUCCAAGCAAGAAACCAUAAUUUCAAUCGAGUCUUUUAAUGUUGAUCCUGUCAAUACCAAUAAGAAUCGAGAAAGUGGAGUUCAUCAUCAAAAGCCCAGAAAAAAACCGUGUGAUGGGCGGUAUGUUUACGUCCACGAUUUGCCGAGCCGAUUCAAUGAGGAUUUGGUGAGGGAUUGUAAAGUGUUGAGUAGAUGGGUUGAUAUGUGUGAGUAUUUGGUGAAUAUGGGAAUGGGUCAUGAUCUUGGGGAUUCUUUCCAUGAGAAGGGAUGGUUUUCGACGAACCAGUUUUCGCUCGAACCCUUGUUCCACGCCCGAAUCAAGCGGUACGAGUGUUUGACUAACGACUCCUCGGAGGCUUCUGCCGUGUUUGUCCCGUAUUACGCGGGACUCGACGUGGGUAGGUACCUCUGGGGAGGGUUCAAUGUCUCGGUCCGCGAUUCGGGCGCUCUUGACCUGGCAGAGUGGGUCAGGGGAAGGCCUGAGUGGGCCGUGAUGGACGGUAGGGACCACUUCAUGGUGGCGGGACGGAUAACGUGGGAUUUCAGGCGGUUGGACGACGACGACGGGGAAUCUUCUUGGGGGAACAAGCUCAUGUUGUUGCCCGAGGUCCGGAACAUGACGGUGUUGACCAUCGAGUCAAGUCCUUGGAGCAAGAACGACUUUGCCAUCCCAUACCCUUCUUAUUUCCACCCUUCCAACGACCGCCAGGUCACGCGGUGGCAAGACAGGAUGAGACGACAACGCCGGCGGACGCUGUUCUCGUUCGCCGGCGGCCCGAGGCCGAACAUGGAGGAAUCGAUCCGAGGCCAGAUCAUCAGACAGUGCCUCGGAUCGACCAGAGGCAAAUGCAAGCUCUUGGAAUGCAAACCUGAAAACAAAAAAUGUGACAACCCAUUCAACCUCAUGAAGUUGUUCCAAAACUCUGUCUUCUGCUUAGAACCUCCCGGAGAUUCGUUCACCAGACGGUCAACUUUCGACGCCAUUUUAGCUGGAUGUAUACCCGUCUUCUUCACCCCUGCCUCAGCUUACGUCCAGUACAUAUGGCAUUUGCCUAGAAACCACACUAGAUACUCGGUUCUCAUCCCCGAAGGCGAUGUAAAAGAGAAUAAGGCAAACAUAGAGAAGAUUUUGUCUCAGAUAUCGAAAUCCCGGGUGGCUGAAAUGAGGGAGGAGGUGAUUAGGAUGAUUCCUAGAGUUGUUUAUGCUGAUCCUGGAGAAAAAAUGGAGAAGAUUAAGGAUGCGUUUGAUUUGGUGGUUGAAGGGGUGUUAGAUAGAGUGGAAAAGGUGAGGAAAGAGACGAGUGAGGGGAAGAAGAAGGAUUGGAGUGUUGAUUUUGAUGAGGAAAAUAGUUGGAAGUAUUAUGCUUUUGGGAGUUUAGAGAAGCAUGAAUGGGAUCAUUUCUUUAGGAGGUCAUCCAAUUAACUAGAAAAAUAGUAGUGCAAUUCUUCUUUUCUUUUUGUAUGUAGAAAAAUGUCUAUAUAUUUUUUGUCCAUUCAAUAUAUUGUAGUUGUUAUU